CUACAUUAUGGGUCAGAUGGGUAACUCCCUCUUGAUGAUGUCAUCACGGGAUUAACAAGCACAGGAGGCUUUUCAGAGUUACGGUCGAAAUUAUUCCUUCAUUCUCCGUGCCAACUUUGCCAUCAUGCGUGAGAUUGUUCAUCUGCAGAUCGGACAGUGUGGGAAUCAGAUCGGCUCAAAGUUUUGGGAGGUGAUCAGUGAUGAACAUGGUAUUAACAGAGUGGGAGGAUAUGAAGGUGACAUGGACCUUCAGCUGGAGAGGGUCAACGUUUACUUCAAUGAAGCCCAUGGUGGAAAAUACGUUCCAAGAGCUUUGCUUGUGGACCUGGAGCCGGGCACUAUGGACAGCGUGAGAAGCAGUCACAUAGGACAGCUCUUCAGACCAGACAAUUUUAUUCACGGGAAUUCUGGAGCUGGCAAUAACUGGGCUAAAGGUCACUAUACAGAGGGCGCGGAGCUGGUGGAGCAGGUUGUCGAUCGUGUCCGCCAAGAAGCGGAAAGCUGCGACUGCAUGCAGGGUUUUCAGUUCGUGCACUCCCUGGGUGGCGGCACCGGUUCCGGAAUGGGUACCCUUAUCAUCAAUAAGAUCCGAGAAGAAUAUCCGGAUCGCAUCAUGAAUACUUUCAGUGUAAUGCCCUCACCGAAGGUCUCGGAUACGGUGGUGGAACCCUACAACGCAACGCUAUCAGUUCACCAACUAAUCGAGAGUACAGAUGAGACGUUUUGCAUUGAUAAUGAAGCGUUGUAUGACAUCUGCUUCCGUACUCUCAAGCUCACAACACCAACUUAUGGAGAUCUCAACCACCUUGUAUCCCUGACCAUGAGCGGGGUCACCACCUCCCUCCGCUUCCCGGGUCAACUGAACGCUGACCUUCGGAAGCUGGCCGUCAACAUGGUCCCCUUCCCGCGUCUCCAUUUCUUCAUGACGGGUUUCGCACCGCUCACGGCACGCGGUAGUCAACAAUACCGUGCCCUCUCGGUGCCCGAGCUCACCCAGCAGAUGUUUGACGCCCGUAACAUGAUGACCGCCUGCGACCCUCGUCGAGGGCGCUACCUGACCGUGGCGGGCAUGUUUCGGGGGCUUAUGUCCACCAAAGAGGUCGAUGAGCAGAUGCUGGCUAUUCAACAGAAGAACAGCAACUACUUUGUGGACUGGAUCCCUCACAACGUCAAAGUGGCCGUCUGCGACAUUCCGCCACGCGGCCUCAAAAUGGCCUCGACCUUUAUCGGAAACAACACGGCCAUCCAGGAGAUUUUCAAACGCAUAGGGGAGCAGUUUGCUGUGAUGUUUCGACGCAAGGCCUUCUUGCACUGGUACACGGGAGAGGGCAUGGAUGAGAUGGAGUUUACAGAGGCGGAGAGCAACAUGAAUGAUCUGGUUUCCGAGUACCAGCAAUAUCAGGAUGCCACAGCCGACCAGGAGUGGGAAGCGGAAGAUGAAGUUACAGAAGUGGAAGGCCUGUCAGAAGCAGCGCAGAGCACCAGAGUAGAAAUACAGACCGAGGUGGUUACUGAAACUUCUGUCAGCGAAUGAGACGCUGGCUUUGGCGAUUACGGCUGUUUGAGGAGGGAAUUUUAUCUAGCAAACUGUGAAAUAUUUCUUAUCUUCAGGAGAACAGAUGUUAAAGUAUAUGCAUACAAUAAAAACAUAAGAUUUAAUAUUCAAACAGAUAUCAUUCCAAACUUUGAAAUAUGUUUUCUUGAACUUCAUUAUGUUGUGAAGCAUAUUAUUUCCUAAAAUGCAUAUCUUGAUAUAUUCCGAUUCUUUAUAAUGCCUCAUAUAUACAUUGCUUGUUACUAUACAUAAUUGAUAAAAAAAUUGAAAAAAGUAUUUUGUUAAAAUCAGAGCGAAAUGUGUAAACGUACAAGUCAUUUUUUUCAAAUUUCUCCUUUUUUUCUGCUUAUUCGCUUCUCAUUUAAUACAUUUAUUAAAUAUAACUAUAUGAUUUUAAUAUUAAUUAUGAAAUAAUAAAGUAUAUGAAUGUUAUGAAUAUAAAGGGGUGGUUUCCCAGGCAGGGUUUAGAUUACGCCAGCACUUGGCCUCAAGUUAUUUUAGGAGUUUUAACAAACAUACCUAAUAAAAUUUUUACUUCUGUGCAUUUUGAGACAUAACAAUUGUAUAGAUGUAUUUUACGAUGUCAGUGCAAACAGUUUUUUUUUAAGACAGCUCAAACAUGCAUUUUGGUUUGGAACUAGACGGGGGAACCACGUUUCCCGGACAGGGAUUAGACGAAAUAAAUAUAAGAUCUGUCCAAAUUGAAAACAACUUGCACUGACAUAUCUUAAAAUACAUCAGUGCCCUUUGUUUUUCCUUAAAAUGCACACCAGUAAUGUUUUUAGUAAGGCAUGUUUAUUAAAACUAGUUAUAUUUCAUAAUUAAACUAAGGCCUAGUCCUGGCUUAAGCUAGAAACCACCCCAAAGUUAUUAAAUAUGACAAUAUUUUAAAACGUAGUUUAGAUAAUAAUGUAAAUCACUAGGCAAAUGUUUUUUCAGCACUAUUUUUAUAUUUUUAUCUUACGUCUAUCAACAUUAUACUUGAGUUUGCGUAGUGCUGAGAGCUAUUUUAUUUAUGCUUAGGUUUUUAAAUACAUGUAAUUGAUCUUUUAUAUGAAUUUCUUUUCUGUAUUAAAAUAUAAUAUUGUUUCAAAGUAGGUACACAUGCAAUAUCAAGUACUGUGUUGGCUAUGCUAUCUGCUAGCAGUUUUGUUUAAGGCAGAUUUACAAAUGUAAUAUGCGCUUAAUUUUUGUUUUCAGUCUUUCUAAUGGUGCAACAGUGUUUAAGUCAAUAAAAUACAAUUUCAAGAACCGCUGAAAACUGUAUAAAUUGUAUUUGCAAUGCAAAAUUACACCACUGCCUUAUUUUUUUAUGACACAAAACUGUUGACAACUCUCUAAAUAGUUGACAGCCAUAUACAGAGCUAUAUUCAAAGGAAUAGUUCAAAGAAUAAUGAACAUUUGCCAUCCUUUACUCACGUUUCAUGCCUCAUACAUUCC